AUGGCAGACCAGAUCUGCUCAAGUUGUCAAGAAUCCCUCUUCAUUGAGAUCGAGCCCGACAGCGAUGUAGAGGACUCCAAAGCCGCAGCGCAAGUUGCAAGCGUACCGGACGAUGUAGAACUCAGUUGUGGUUGUCACUAUCACUGGGAAUGCUUUUUGGAAGCCUACACAAUCACGGAAUGCCCGAAUUGCUCCAAAGAUAUCUCCUCUCUGUCUCCAAACGGGUCGCAACAAGUGCUUGUUACUCUUCGCAACGAAGGCGGUGUCCAGGAAGGUUAUGAUAUCCUACCGGCUGCCACAGAAGAAGCAUACCUCAGAGCCUAUCCGGAAGAAAGAAAAGGCCAUGCCUACCUGGAAUUCUGCAGGGAAGGUGACGUCGACGCCAUUGUCCAUAUGAUCAAGGAUGUCGACGAGGACGAUGAGCCAGAUGAGCACUCGGAUAUCUUAAGAUACCGCGGGACAUUCGAAGGCAUCGAGGGGUCUGGUCUCCAUGUUGCGAUUCGCUAUCAACAACAAGAAGUGGCCUGGUUGUUGCUGGCUAUGGGAUCACAGCUCCCCUGGGAAAAAUUCCCUUCCAUCGUUUUGCAGGCGAUGGAGGGCCUUGGACUGCAGAAGGAAGACCGAAACGCCAACCCAGACAUCCGAAGUCUCAAGGACAGUGAAGGGAAAACGCCACUCGACUUGGCCAAAGAGGUCGGAGGACCGUGGACAGAGUGGCUCGACCAAGGACGCUUGUCACCUUGA